GAAAUAUUCAUCAUCAGCAAAUCAAAUUCGAGUUAUAAAAACUACAUCUAAAUUUCAAGUGCUUUCCUCCAGUUUCCAAGAAAACAAAGCGAGAAGAAAAUGGCUUCCAACUCUGAGAAGGUGAGCUACCACGCUGGUGAGGCCAAGGGCCAAGCUGAGGAGAAGGCGAGUGGGGUGAUGGAUAUGGCAAACAAUGCAGCCCAAUCUGCCAAGGAAACAAUGCAAGCGGCAGGCCAGAAUGUGCAGGCCGCGGCUAUAGGAGCUGCUGAUGCAGUCAAGAAUGCCACUGGCAUGAACAAAAAAUGAAGCUAGCUGCUCAUCAUGAUCUCAAUAUGAGCAUUUGCAGUUUUUUUUCUUUUUUUUUGGGAGCUUUCUAGUAGUUGCUUUUGAUUUCUGUCUUCUAAACAAGGGAGCUCUAAGUCCUCUGGAGUUCUCAUCAUCUGGGUGUGUACUUUCGUUCACACUUGGUUUUAGUUUUUGUUUUUGUUUUCUUUUUCUUUUUGUUCAUGUUUAUCUCCUUUGAACAAGGCAAGUGGGCUCUGCCUAUUGUAGUUCUCACCUAAUUGAAUCAUAAGCUGUUUUUAAUCCCAUCUAUAUGUUCAA